AUGCAGUACCGGCACGAGACCACGCCGUUGCUCUAUAUUGAAGUAACACGGCCCCCACCACGCUACCCGCAUAGAAGAAUCCGCCGAUUAUGUACUACCUGCCUAGGUUCGAUAUUAGCACUGUCAGUCAUAGUGCUACUCUUACCCUAUGCUCUACUCCCACGCGGAUACGGCUCAAUCUCCGAUCAUUUCCCCUGGACAUCGAGCAACGGACUUGACUAUGCUUCCCUCCAGCACCUACUGCAGACCGUACCAAAUGCAGACAAAUUAAGGGGUUGGAGCCAUCAUUAUACAUCUGGGCCCCAUCUCGCGGGGAAAAACCUCAGCUUGGCUAUUUGGACAAAGGAGAAAUGGGAGGAAUUUGGUGUCCCAGACGUCCAACUCACGACCUAUGAAGUCUACCUGAACUAUCCCGUCAGCCAUCGAUUAGCACUUCUCGAGAGCAAAAAUGAGGGUCAUGCUUUCAAAGUCAUGUACGAGGCUUCAUUGGAAGAAGAUGAGCUUGAUAAAGAUACCACUAGCGAGCUAAGAGACAGGAUUCCCACGUUCCACGGCUAUUCGGCAAGCGGUAAUGUUACUGCUCAAUACGUUUAUGUGAACAACGGAGAUUAUGAUGAUUAUGAAGCUCUCCUCAAGGCAAACGUGACUUUGGAAGGAAAAAUUGCGCUGGUGAAGUAUAGCGGAAUUUUGCGUGGACUGAAGGUUAAGCGUGCUCAAGAACUUGGUAUGGUCGGAGUCAUUAUCUAUACUGAUCCACAGGAAGAUGGAGAUAUGACUGAGUUAAACGGAUACAAGCCAUAUCCUGAUGGACCUGCUAGGGAACCCAAGUUCUGUGCAGAGAGGGAGUGUUGGAUUUUUGAACAGAAUCCUAAAGAAUUUCUCCCUUCCAUUCCUUCACUGCCAAUCUCUUACAAAGACGCCAUCCCGCUCUUAAAAGCUCUCAAUGGCCAUGGACCUAAACCCUCAGAGUUUGGCAAAGAGUGGGAAGGUGGUUUAGUCCAUAAAGGUGUUGACUAUAACAUUGGUCCAUCUCCAGAGAACGUCAUGAUCAAUCUCUAUAAUGAGCAGGAGUAUGUAACUACUCCUAUAUGGAAUGUCAUUGGCGUUAUCAAAGGUUCAAUCCCCGAUGAGGUUAUUGUUUUAGGCAAUCACCGGGAUGCCUGGAUAGCUGGAGGCGCAGCCGAUCCCAAUAGUGGGUCUGCUGUAAUUAAUGAAGUCAUUCGCAGCUUCGGUGAAGCUCUUAAGGGUGGAUGGAAACCUAAAAGAACGAUUGUCUUCGCUAGCUGGGAUGCCGAAGAGUAUGCACUGAUUGGAUCAACUGAAUGGGUCGAAGAAAAUCUUUCAUGGCUGUCAAGUGCUAACGUUGCAUACCUCAAUGUUGACGUUUCCACGUCUGGAAAGAAGUUCCAGGCCAACGCUAGCCCCUUGCUCAACAAGGCGAUCUAUAAUGCCGCAGGACUUGUCCUAUCUCCAAAUCAGACGAUUGAAGGGCAGACCAUCCUUGACCUCUGGGACGGGGAAAUUGGUGUAAUGGGAAGUGGAAGUGAUUUUACAGCCUUCCAGGAUUUUGCUGGAAUUCCAAGUCUUGAUUAUGCAUUUACGGCUGGAGCAGGCGAUCCAGUUUAUCAAUACCACUCCAACUAUGAUAGUUUUGACUGGAUGGACCGAUUCGGUGAUGUUGGUUUUAAAUAUCACGUUGCAAUGGCAAAAAUGUGGGCUCUUACAGCCGCAUACCUAGCAGAGAGCCCAGUUCUUGCUCUGAAUGUCACCGAUUAUGCUUUUGCAUUGAGAAAAUACUUGGAUUCGGUUAAAGAUAAGGUCUCUCCUGAUAUUAUGAGUCAGUUUGACUUCUCUCCCAUGGAUGAUGCGAUCUCCGCAUUCCACCAGAAUGCCGUUAAAUUCGAUGCUUAUGCGGAGUCACUUGCUACAGAGCUUGAGAAAGGUGGUCAUUGGUGGAGUAGGCUUAUUCUCUAUUUCAAAAUUCGCUUUGCUAACCAGAAAUACAAAUAUAUUGAAAGAAAAUUCCUAUAUGAUAAAGGACUUGAUAACAGAGGUUGGUACAGACAUGUUAUUUUUGCACCAGGACGAUGGACUGGAUAUGCCGGUGCCACGUUCCCUGGCCUAAUUGAAAGUUUUGAAGACAAUGACUUGAAGAACGCUGAGAAAUGGAGGGACAUUAUUAAAUCUAAGAUCGACGACGCCACUGAGCUGUUGGGAUGA